AUGGCCGGUGUGUACGAGGCGCACGCCCGCGCGUCGUGCGCGGAUGCGACGGCGCUCGCGUGCGUCGGCGCGGAUGCGGACGUGUAUAUCGGCACAUCGCGCGGCUGCGUGCGCGCGGGCCUGGCCAGCACGCCGAUCGCCGCGGGCUCGUCGCGCCGCGCGGUCGAGCAGAUCUGUGGCGUCCCCGGCACGCCCUGGCUCGCGCUCCGCCGCGACUCGGGCAUCGUGAGCCUGUGCACGUCCGAGUCGAUCGAUACGCCGACGGCGCUGCCGCUCGCACGCGGCGCGCGCACGAUGACGGCCGGCACCUGGUGGGAGGCGCGGCAUGCCACGACGCAGCCGGCGCCCGCGCCGGCGGCGAGCGACGCGCGCGCCGUCGGGCUCCAGGGCAUGGAGGACGUUGCGCGGCACAAGCAGCGCACGCCCCACAACACGCGCGUGUCCGUGCUCGCCAUCGCGUGCCCGCACCAGGCUGUGCUGUACCGCUGGGCGGACGCGCAGUUCUGGGACGCCAAGGUCGUGCCGCUGCCGCGCACGCCGACGACGCUCGCGCUCGCUGGCCCUGUGCUCUUUGUGGGCUACGGCACGUACGAGUACGCGCGCAUUCCCGUGCCGCCCGCGCACGCCUCGAGCGUCGCGUACCGCACGCCGCCAAGCGACGCCCUCGCGUCGGGGCAGUGGGUCGAUGCGCACGCCUGGGACACGUUCGCGGUGCCCGUCCCUGACACGGCCGCGAGCGAUGCGCGCGCGUGGUGGGCGCGCCCCAAGCGCCCCCUCGUCCUGGCGCUCGCCGACGACGUGCUCCUCGCGACGGAGCACGCCGGCGUCUUGGUGCACGCGAACGGGCAGCCGUCGCGCGCGUCCGCGCUGCGCUGGGACGCGCCGCCGCUGGGCGCGAUCGCAUGUGCGCCGUACCUCCUCCUGCUCGACGCGCAGGGCGCCCUGCAGCGCACCCUGCGGCUGGCCCAAACACUCACGCUGCCCGGCAGCGCCGCACCGCGCCUCCUCGCGGCCGGCGCGGCGCCGACCGCGUACGUGCUCGGCGCCGCUGCGCGCGGCCACGACGCACCCCUCUACGAGCUGCAGGCCGCCUCGCUCGAGGCACAGCUCGAUGCACUGACGGACGCCGGCGAGUACCGCGAGGCGCUCGCCCUCCUGGACGCGCUCGACGCGUGUCCCGACGAGAUGGCCGCGCGGCGCCCCCACCUGCACACGCUCGUCGGCGUCGUGGCGUUUGCACAGAGCGAGUACGAGACGGCGAUGGACGAGUUUCUGCAGGUGGACCUCAACCCGGCCUGGGCGCUUGCGCUGUACCCCGCGUCGGUCGCGGGGCCGCUCGCGCGGCCGCGCGCCGCGUGGCUGCGCCACUUUGGCGUGCGUGACCCGUGCGAUGCGCCCGCCGGCGAGCCGGACCGGCGCGCGCUCGAUGCCCUCGCCCGCUUCCUCACGGACCGGCGGCGUGUGCUGCGCCCUCUCGUGGCGGCGCCGACGUGCAGCCCGGCGCCGCUCGAGGCGCUCCUGGCCCUCCCCACGACAUGCGCGCUGCCGGCGCUCCCGGCCGCGCAGCAGCAGGCCAUGGCCCAGCUCGUCGACACGGCGCUCGUCAAGGUGUUCCUGGCGACCAAGCCGGCGCUCGUGGGCCCGCUGUGCCGCGUCGACAAUGCAUGCGAUGUCGACGAGGUGCGCGCGCUCCUCCAGGCGCACGGCCUGCGCGCCGAGCUCGUCGCGCUGUACCGCGGCAAGGGCCUGCAUGCCGCCGCGCUGGACGAACUGCAGCGCGCAUGCACAGACGGCCAGGAGGACGCGGUCGAGCGCCUCGUCGCGUACCUCGCGAGCCUCGGCGCCGAGCACCUCGACCUGCUCCUGGCGCACGCUCGCUGGGUCGUCGCUCACGCACCGUCGCAAGCGCUGCCCAUCUUUACGUGCGAGGAGCACCUGACGACGCUGCCGGCGCGCCGCGUCGCCGCGAGCCUCGCGGCGCAGGACGCGGGCCUCGCGCAGGCGUACCUCGCGCGCGUCCUCGAGACGGGCUCGCAGGACGCGGCGCUCCACACGCAGUGGGCGCAGGGGGCGCUCCAGGCGAGCGCGCACGGCGCGGACGCGCACGAGCUCGUGGCCUUCUUGCACAGCUCGACGCUGUACGACGCAGAGGCACUGCUGGACGAUAUGCCGCCGGCGCCGGCGCUGCCCGCCGUGCGGGCCGCCCUGCUGGGCCGCCUGGGCCGCCACGACGAGGCGCUGCGCCUCCAUGUCGAGGUCCUGCGCGAUGUGCGAGCGGCCGAGGCGUACUGCGCGGCGCACGCCGCGGCUGCGCCGCGCGGCGCGCUGUUCACGACGCUGGUGCGCCUUGUGGCGGCGCAGAUGCCGGGCGAGCUGCCGCAUGUGUAUGCGUGGCUCACGCAGCAUGCGUCAGCGCUGGCCCUCGACGACCUGCUGCCCCUCCUGCCGCGCGCGACGCCUGUGGCCGAGGUGCGUGCGCUGCUGGAGCGCUCGCUCAGUGCGACGGGUGCGGCGCGCGCGCAGCUGCGCGUCGAAGAGGCCCUGUACGCUACGCGCGAGGCCGCGCUCACGCGCGAGGUGCGCGCGCGGCACGCCCAGCGCGUGCUCAUUACCGAUGGGCGCACGUGUGCGCGGUGUGAGCGGCGCCUCGGGCAGGCUGUGCUGGCCGUCCUGCCCGCGCAGGGCGCGGCGAUGCACUACUAUUGCGCCGUGCAAGCGCAUGAGCACGCGAGUCCAUCUACGUAG